UCGCGCCCGCCGGGGGGCCGGGCUUCCAGGAUCCAGCCCUUAUGUGCGGUUGGGCCCCACGGCCUCAUCAGACUUUGGAGGUGGAAAGGGGCCCCGGGUGAGUGGCCGAGAGAGACUCGAAAUGGCCUCAGGAAGGAGCUAUGCCGGGAAGGUGGUGAUCGUGACCGGGGGCGGACGCGGCAUUGGAGCCGGGGUCGCGAGGGCCUUCGUGGACGCUGGUGCCCAAGUGGUAAUCUGCGACAAAGUAGAUCCUGGUGGCCAGGCCCUGGAGAAGGAGCUUCCUGGAGUUGUCUUUAUCCACUGUGACGUGACUUCAGAAGAAGAUGUGAGGACUCUGAUCUCCGAGACCAUCCGCCAGUUCGGCCGCCUGGACUGUGUGGUCAACAACGCCGGUUACCACCCAGUGGAUCAGCGGCUCACGGAGACCACCACCGACGGUUUUCGCCAGCUGCUGGAGCUGAACCUGCUGGGGGUUUACAGGGUGACCAAGUACGCCCUUCCCCACCUGCGGAAGACCCAGGGGAACAUCAUCAACAUCUCCAGCCUGGUAGCAGCGAUUGGCCAGUCCCAGUCAGUUUCCUAUGUGGCCACCAAGGGGGCAGUAACAGCCAUGACUAAGGCCUUGGCCCUGGAUGAGAGUCAAUACGGUGUCCGAGUCAACUGCAUCUCCCCAGGAAACAUCUGGACCCCAUUAUGGGAGGAGUUGGCAGCCUCAACACCUGACCCCAGGGCCACAGUCCUAGAGGGCACCUUGGCCCAGCCCAUGGGCCGCAUGGGCCAGCCCGCUGAGGUGGGGGCUGCGGCAGUGUUCCUGGCCUCCGGAGCUACCUUCUGCACAGGCAUGGACCUGUUUUUGACAGGGGGUGCAGAGCUGGGCUACGGGCGCAAGGCCAGUCCGGGCACCCCCGUGGACAUCCCUCCUAGUCACUGGUGAUUUCUCACAUUUCCACCUGGGACUCCCUGCCUAGGACUCCCCUCCCCCCAAAUCCAACCUGCACCGUCUGCCUCCUCCAGCCCCUUAGACUUCAAGACCACUUAGGAAUGUGCCAGAUCCCCCUGCAGUUUCCCAUAAAAGCAAUUUGCAGCUGGAAGGAGAA